UGGAAAUAAAAUUUAUUUUUGUACUUCUAAAAAUACUGAGACAAAAUGAAUUGGUUCAAUAAUAUAUGCGAAGAAAGCCGCUUAAAGUUCUUCCCCAAUCUUCAAACAGUCAAAACUAAGCGUAAAUAUGAAAUUGGCCUAAUGAGCGUAGAUGAGUGCUAUAGUUUCAUAAGGAAAAACCUGAAGUCCAGAAAUGUUGUAGAAGAGGAAUUGUUGUGGAAAAUACCCAUACUUCUCGUGUGUUUGGGCUGCAUAAUAGUCAUACUAUUUGCAGUUUGUUUCACAGUUCAGUGUUUGAUAACAAAGGUUAAGACCGCCGAAGUGCCUAAGAGUUUUGAUUUCGACAUUUGUGAAGUUGAAAAACCAAAAGCUCAACCAAUCCACAAGGCCAGCCAAAUUGAUCAACCAGAGAAAGCAACAAAUUGCUGUACUUGCUUAAAAUCAAAUGUACUUUGA